GUAUCCCUCUUCCCCUUGUACUUCUCCUCUACCUCGCCCAUCUAAACUGAAAUCCUCCUUCUCUAUCUCAACCCUUUGCAACUCCUUCUAGACAAAUCUAUUUCUUUCUUUAUAUACUUUAUUGGCUAUGCGAUCACCGUUGACCUUUGCCGUCCUUUUAUCAGGGUGUCUCCUAGCAACCACCGUUUCCGCACAACAAAAAUGCAACGGUUACAGCGAACACUGCAGCAAAACAUACAACAGCUUGACGUAUGUAUUAACCCAUAACUCGUACGGUUAUACGUCCAAUCCUGCGGCCAAUCAGCUAUGUCCUAUUAAUUCACAACUCGCAGACGGUGUAAGAGGGCUCAAACUAUCUGCGGUAAAACCGUCCAACUCUUCUUCCGCAUCCGAAAUUCACCUCUGUCACACAUCAUGUUCUAUUUUGGAUGCUGGCCCAGCAAAGGACACAUUGACGUCUUUAACAAGCUGGCUGAAAAGCAAUCCUAACGAAGUGGUGACUAUCAUGUGGAACAAUUUGGGUGACUUUGCCGCAUCCGAUUUCGAAGAAAUUUACAAGUCCAGUGGUAUCCUGGAUUACACUCACACCCAAAACGCCGACAAUUACAACUGGCCUACCUUACAAGACAUGAUUUCAUCAGGCAAGCGCGUUGUGAACUUUUUGGAUGUCGGUGCGGAUCAGUCCAGUGUACCAUGGCUGCACUCAGAGUUUGAUUAUGUAUUUGAGACGCCUUACAACAAUAAGAACGAGAGUUCGUUUAGCUGUACGAUUGAUCGUCCCAAGAGUCCAGCCGAUCCUGAUUCCAUGAUGUAUGUCAUGAACCACUUUCUGUACGGCAGUCUUACGCUGGGUUCCUCCCCGAUUGAAAUUCCUCAAAAAGGAACGGCCAAUAUUACCAAUUCCGAUUCUCUGAUGAAACAAGCUCAAAGCUGUUCACAAACGUUCGGCCGUCCUCCCACUUUCUUGGAGGUGGAUUUCUACAACAAAGGUGAUACCAUGGCUAUUGCUGCCAAGUUGAACAAUGUAUCUUAUGUUGACAAGCCUCUCCAAUGCGAUCAGACGGCUGAAGCGUCAGGCAAAAGUAAUCAAGAUUCAGCCGCUACUGCUGUCAUGGCAUCGCCUCUGUUGCUAUUGAUGUUCACCCUGGCAUCCCUGCUUCUUGUGUAAUGUUGUUCAACAAUAAUGAAUGCUUUCAUUUCUCUAUUGUGCAUAAACCAUGUAUUAGUAUUCCGAUAGUUUUUUCUUUUUAGAAAAACAUAAGAUUGUAAACAUUUGUUCACUCGUCGAAAAGUCUAAAUCAAAAAUAACCAGCCCUUGCCAAGAUUGUAAGCUAGUUUGUGAAGUUGUGAACGGAUCGACGGCAAUCGUUUCCCAAAAUAAACGUGGACUAAAUUUUGAAAGCCAACGUCACUCCUUUUGGGUAACUCAACAUGAAGGAAAAAGGAAAAACAGGUGAUGGUAUCCUCGCUGUGCUUCAUCGGAGAGAUAAAAAUAACCACAUUUGCUGGAAGAAAAAU